AUGUCGGGUUUGGAUUUAUUAAGUAUUUAUGCUUCUGAUUCUGAAGAUGAUGAAAUUGACGAUAACAGUAAACCUAAUGAAAAUUCUAAACGAUUACCUUUACCUGAGAGCAUUGUAGCAUGGAAAGGAGUUCCUCAUCAUGAAGAAGUAUAUGAUGAUCCAUUACAACAUGAGGGAAGAGUAAGAAGUUUUAAACAUGAACGUGGUAACUGGGCUACUUUACUUUAUAUUAAUUAUGAACCUUGUGAAGUUAUGCUUUCAUGGAUGCUUUUAGUCAUGGAAGAAAUGCCAGUUAAAUGUAAUAUAUUUUCUGAGCAAUGUCAUAUUAGUAUAACAAAAACUUUAAUUUUAAAGUUUCAUUGGAUUGAAUCCUUUGUAGAAGAAAUUAAGAAAUUAUGUGAGCAGACAGAUCAAUUUACAUUAGAGCUUCUAAAUGUACGGGCAUACAUUAAUGAGGAAAAGACCCGUACAUUUUUUGGGAUAGAGUGUGAUGACUGUAAAGGAGUUCUCAGUCAUCUUGUGAAAAAUAUUAACAAUUUUCUUGCUGAAUAUAAUUUACCAUCUUUUUAUGAAGAUUGUUCCUAUCAUAUAAGCUUUUUAUGGUGUCUUGGAAAUGAAUUUGAAGUUCUAAAUAGUCAUACACAUUCUUUGACUGCUAAAUUAAAUCAAUUUUUGGUUGAGCAUGCAGAAGCAAGAUACAUACAUGUCACUAAAAUACAUCUUAAAAUUGGAAAUAAAUUGUAUGCAUUUAAACUAAGGUAA